AUGAAGAUUUUGAUCUUGGGUGCAACUGGUGCUUGUGGGGAACAAAUCACCCGCAAGGCCAUCACAAAUGGACAUCAAGUUACAGCGUUCGUGCGCAAUGCCGGGAAACUAUCCCAGGAUCUCGCACCCAAAGUCCAGGUAAUCGAAGGCAGUAUCACGGAUGAAGAGACCUUACGGGGCGCAGUACGAGGCCAAGCUGUCAUAAUUUCGGCCCUAGGGCCCGCGGGUCCUGGAUACAAAUCAUGGAACGAUACGUAUCGUGGUGUGUUCCCUUCCUUCUACACCCUACUGCUACGCGUGAUGCGGGAAUGUGGUGUGAGGCGGGUGUUUGCGAUGACGACAGUGAGUGUGUACGCAGAACAGGAUCAGCGCUCUGUUGCACGAGCGGCAUUGACGGGGUUAGUAUGGGCUUUUGGUCGACCAGCUUAUAAAGAGUUUGUUGAAAUCGGGAAUACAUUUCAGAGCCAUGGGAAAGAUAUCGAAUGGACUGUGUAUCGAGUGGGCGCCAUUACUGACGGAGACGAGGGCAAACCAAGCGCUGGCUACGUUGGACAGAAAGGCUCUGGGCUGAGGAUUACCAGGAAGUGUAUGGCGAUCUGGCUUGUCGAGCAAGCAGAAGCCUUCCCAUUAGAAUGGGUGAGGCAGAUGCCAUAUAUUUCGUCGACCUAA